GGGCCGGCCGGGCCAUGCAGGCGCUCAACAUCACCGCCGAGCGGCUGUCGCGGCUGCUGCGGGACCACAACCUGACCCGCCAGCAGUUCAUCGCGCGCUACGGGCUGCGGCCGCUGGUGUGGGUGCCCGAGCUGCCUGCGCGCGCGCAGCUGGCCCUGGCGCUGUCUGGCGCGCUGCUGCUGGCGCUGGCGCUGCCCGGCAACGCUUUGGUGCUCUCCGUGGUGGCUCGCCGCAGGGCCAUGCGCACCGUCACUAACAUCUUCAUCUGCUCCCUGGCGCUCAGCGACCUGCUCAUCGCCCUCUUCUGCAUCCCCGUCACCACGCUGCAGAACCUGUCCGACACCUGGCAGGGGGGUGCCUUCGUCUGCAAGAUGGUGCCCUUCGCUCAGUGCACGGCCGUGGUGACUGAGAUCCUCACCCUGACCUGCAUCGCCCUGGAGCGCCACCAUGGCCUGGUGCACCCGCUCCGCGUGAGGUGCCGCUACACCCACCGCCGGGCCUUCGCCACGCUGGGCGUGGUCUGGCUGGUGGCGGUCAUUGUCGGCGCCCCCAUGUGGCACGUGCAGCGACUCGAGGUUAAGUACGACUUCCUCUACGAGAAGGAGCAUGUCUGCUGCCUGGAGGAGUGGAGCAGCCCGGUGCACCAGAAGGUCUACACCACCCUCAUCCUCGUCAUCCUCUUCCUCCUGCCGCUGCUGCUCAUGUUCAGCCUGUACAGCAAGAUCGGCUACGAGCUCUGGAUCCACAAGAGAGUGGGCGACAGCUCAGUGCUUCGGACCAUCCAUGGAAACGAGAUGUCAAAAAUCACCAGGAAGAAGAAGCGGGCCGUGGCCAUGAUGGCGACCGUGGUGGCCCUCUUCGCCGUGUGCUGGGCUCCUUUCCACGUCGUGCACAUGCUGAUGGAGUAUGGCAGCUUCGAAGAGCAGUACGACGAGGUCACCGUCAAGACUGUCCUGGCCGUCGUGCAGAUCCUGGGCUUCUCCAACACCAUCUGCAACCCCAUCGUCUAUGCCUUCAUGAACGAGAGCUUCCGGAAGAACUUCCUCUUCGCCUUGUGCUGCUGUGCCCAGAGAGAGGCCCCAUCCCCCAGGCGGCGGCGCGGGCCCUCAGGUACGGCCCUGAGGCAGAGGCGGACUGCGCCCGGCCGUGGGGAGGAUGCCGUGGAGGAGACCAAAGGCGAGGCAUUCAGCCACGGCCACAUCGAGUUCAAGCUGUGCGACCUGCCCGAGGAGCCGCCGCGGCCCCGCUGACCACUGACCGCCCCUCACGCCCAGAGCCCGGAGCCCGGGUGGUUGCAUUGGGCCGCUGUGCCCAUGGUAACAGUGCCCUCCCAGCUGAUGUCACAUCUCCAGAGGAAGGGACGUUACUUUGAGCAAAGGUCAGACACCUCACUCACUGACAGAACGACAAAAAAGAGUAACUUCCAAUCAUUUCCCCAUAAAAAUCUGACAUCAACCAUGAACACGCAGUUUUGAGAAAUCAGUGACUGGUUUUGUUGGUCAUACGUGUGGAUGUAAGAAGUCUGGUCCAGCCUAAACCAGUUUGGCUCAGUGGAUAGAGCAUAGGUCUGCAGACUGAAAGGUCCCAGAUUUGAUUCCAGUCAAGGG